AUUGUUUUCUCUCCGUUUUAUGGUCACCGCGAAAUAUAUUUCUCCGGCAUUUCUUUUUUCUUUUAUUUUUUUUUAUUUUUCCUCUUCCAGUCAUACAUGUCGUUCCUCUCUAACUCCCAUGGCGUCAAAUCCUCAGCAACCUUCAGGUAGUGGUCCUCCACCAAAACCUCGGGAACGAGCCAGUGGCUCAUCUGGGCCAGCACCUUUCAAACCACCUUCUGCAGGGAACACCGGCGAUGUCGUUGAGGCUUCUGGAACCGCAAAUCCCGAUGAGAUAGUUUCCAGUGCUGACAGGAGUACCACUGAGAAUAGAAAUGCCCUGGGAAGGCCUCUUCCCUCAAGCCCAUGGGAGCAGAAUUACGGGAGCAGAACGACCUAUGGAGGUUAUGGUUCUAGUCUUGGUUAUAACUCUGCCUAUGGGGGUGGUAUGUAUGGUGGCUUAGGAGGCGGACUUUAUGGCGGCGGAAUGUACGGUAAUUCAAUGUACAGGGGAGGGUAUGGUGGUCCUUAUGGAUCAUCGGGCUUGUACGGGGGUGGGAUGUAUGGAGGUGGUAUGGGCGGUUACGGUAUGGGCAUGAGUGGUCCUAUGGGCAUGGGUGGUCCUUACGGGCCUCACGAUCCGAACGAUCCAUAUGCAGCACCGCCCUCUCCUCCUGGUUUUUGGAUAUCAUUUCUACGAGUGAUGCAAGGGGUGGUAAACUUUUUCGGACGGGUUUCGAUGCUCAUAGACCAGAAUACACAAGCCUUCCACAUGUUUAUGACCGCACUUCUUCAGCUUUUUGAUCGUUCUGGCAUGUUGUAUGGUGAGCUAGCAAGAUUCGUGUUGAGGCUGUUAGGUAUCAGGACAAAGCUGAGGAAGGUUAACCGAAUUGGCCCCGAUGGUCUCGCGCUCCCUGGACCCAAUGGACCUCCCCAGGGAUUCAUGGAUGGACCCAAGGCUGCUGCUGCAGCCACCACCGCUCCAACUGGUUCGUGGGACAAUGUCUGGGAAAAUGAUGCCAAGUGAAAAACAAUUAAAAAUAAUAAUUUAUGAAUGAAAAUGAGGAUUUGGCUUGCGAUAUACCCGAAAACACUCCUCUCUCUGCGUGAUUGAUGAAAGGUCUAAUGUACUUUGUUACAAAGCUGAAAAGUUAAUCGCUUCAGAGAGAA